GCAAACAGUUUCGCCCAACCCAGGCUUCACUAAUAACACUCAAUCAUCCCUGUCUGACUAAUAGCCUCGGCUUCCUUCCCCGCUCUCCAACAAUUUCAUCCCACAUCCAUCACAAUGGGCAACGGCGCCAAAGCACAGCAGAAGCGUGAGCGCAACAAUGAGAAGGGCGGAAAGGCUGCCAAGUCUCAGCUCAAAGUGAACGCCCAGGCCAUGGACAUCCAGUGCCAGAUCUGCAAGUCGACAUUCCUAAAAACCACAAAGGCUCCUGCACUUCUGGAACACGCCCAGAACAAGCACAGCAAGGGCAUGCCCGAGUGUUUCCCGACUUUCGCCACCUCAUAAUCAAGAAUGAUUCAUUCUGGCCGUAUAGAAAAAAAUGGGUGUUUGCUAGGCUGCUAGCAAGGCGAAGGGAGUUUGGUCUGGAAGCGGAGCAUCAUAGCGCGGGUAUUGGUUCACACAAGCACAAUAAGACAUAGCAUAGCACCGGCCAGUUCCGUGGCGUGGCGUUUCUUGUCAUG